GCUCUGCGCCGGCGUCUCGCUGCUCCGGACCCGCGGCUCCGCCAGCGCCGGCGGGAUGCGGGUGCCAUGGCCCCAUUGGCCCCUAUGGGCCCUGUGGGUCCUGUGGGUGCGGGCCGUGGCAGGGGGCCCAUGUGUGGGGCAGCGCCUGGAGCUGUGGGGCCCGGCGGGGGUCGUCACCGACGGCCCCGGGAACUACUCCGUGAGUGGGAGCUGCCAAUGGCUGCUGCGCGCCUCAGCGGCAGCCGCGCCCCACCCCCCCUGCGCGCCACCUCCGGACAGCUCCUGGUGCAGCUCUUCAGUGACCCCAAUUACAACCGGGGGGGUUUCGCCGCCUCCUUCCGGGCCUGGCCCUGCCCCGGGGGGUGCUGGGGCCGGGGCCGCUGCGACGCCAGGGGGCGCUGUCACUGCGGGCCCCACUGGGGGGGGGCCGACUGCUCCCAACCUCGCUGCUCCGCCUCCUGCAAGGCCCCCGGGGGGACCUGCAAUGAGGUCUCAGGGCUCUGCGAGUGCCGCCCGGGCUAUGUGGGGCUGAGCUGCGAGCUGGAGCUGGGCCUCCCGUCCAGAGGGGGGCGCUGGUACCCGGUGAGCCCAGCCCACCCCAGCUUCCGGCCCCGCACCGCUGCCGCCGGCGCCUUCCUGCCCCACACCGGUGCCCUCUACGUCUUCGGAGGCCUGGACCUGAACUCGGUGCUCGGUGACCUCGUCGUCUACAACCUCAGCACCAACCAAUGGCAGCAACUGAACCUCAGCCUCCAGCCGCCCCCCAGGCACUCGCACGCGGCCGCUAGGUGGCGCCAAAGCCUGGUGCUGAUGGGGGGGGAGCUGGCGGGGGGCGCGCUGGCCAAUGACGUGUGGAGCCUGGAGCCCGAGGGGCGGGGCUGGCGGGAGCUCCGCCCCCUGCCCGGUGGAGACCCCGCCCACACCCCGCCGGGAUUGGCUGCUCACGCCGUGGCCGUUGUCGAUGAUUGGCUCUACGUGUUCGGAGGCCGCACCCCCCACGACCUCUUCUCCUCCCUCCUCUUCCGCUUCCCCCUGCGCGGGGGCCGCUGGGAGCGGGUGGAGCCCUGGGGGGGGAAGGCCCCGGCGGCCGCCGGCCAUUCCCUGCUCUUCCACCCCCCCUCCCGUGCCCUCAUCCUCUAUGGUGGGCACCGCCCGGCCACUGCCAG